AUGCAGCUCAACCUCCUCUUGUGCCUGGUGCUCCUCAGCCCGCUGGUGGCCACCCUCCACCGCCACCGCUCCCGUGAGACAAAGAAGAGAGGCAAGGAGCUGCCACCUGUAGUUACCACGGUGGCCCCCCACACCGGAGACUUUGCCUUCGACCUCUACAGGGCCUUGGCUGCAGCUGCCCCCAACCAGAACAUCUUCUUCUCUCCUCUGAGCAUCUCCAUGACGCUGGCCAUGAUCUCCCUUGGGGCUCGGUCCAACACAAAGGCACAGAUCCUGCAGGGCCUGGGUCUCAACCUCCAGGGGGGCCCGGAGGAAGAGCUCCACAGUGCAUUCCAGCAGUUGCUACAGGAGCUCAGCCGGCCCAAAGAAGGCCUCCAGCUGAGCCUUGGCAAUGCCCUCUUCAUCAACCCCACGGUGCACAUCCAGGACACCUUCCUGAAUGCCAUGAGGACACUGUACCUGGCAGACACUAUCCCCACGAACUUUGGGGACCCCGUAGGGGCCCAGAAGCAGAUCAAUGAUUACGUGGCAAAGGAAACUAAAGGCAAGAUUGCAGACUUGGUUAAGGACCUGGACAGCACUGAGAUUAUGGUUAUGGUGAAUUACAUUUUCUUUAAAGCUAAGUGGGAGACAAGCUUUGACCACAAAAGCACCCAAGAGCAGGACUUCCAUGUGACCUCGGAGAUGGUGGUGCGGGUGCCCAUGAUGAGACACGAGGAGCAGUAUUACUACCUCCUGGAUCGAAACCUCUCCUGCAGGGUGGUGGGGAUCCCCUACCAAGGGAAUGCCACAGCCUUGUUCAUUCUCCCCAGCGAGGGCAGGAUGGGGCAGGUGGAGAACGGACUGAACAAGAAAAUCCUGAGGAAGUGGCUCAAGAUGUUCAUAAAGAGGCAGUUAGAGCUUUACCUUCCAAAGUUCUCCAUUGAGGGCUCCUAUCAGCUGGAAAAAGUUCUCCCCAAACUGGGGAUCAGUGAUGUCUUCACCUCCCAUGCCAACCUAAGUGGCAUUAGCAACCAUUCCAACAUCCAGGUGUCCGAGAUGGUGCACAAAGCCGUGGUGGAGGUGGACGAGUCGGGAACCAAGGCAGCUGCAGCCACAGGGGCAAUAUUUACGUUCAGGUCGGCCCGAAUGAGCCCUCUAAGGAUAGUGUUCAACAAGCCCUUUCUGAUGCUCAUUGUGGAGAACAUGGAGAACAUCCUCUUCCUUGGCAAAGUGACCCACCCCUGAGGUGGAGAUCUCUCCUGAAAGGCCACAGGCCUCCACAGUGGAAGAUGAGGGUGCACUAAGGCCAUCUAUCUCCUGGGAGCUAGGGAUUUAUACACACCUUUAGUUGGCUAAUGAGGCUUUCACAAAUAAUAAUAAUAACAUUGAUAUACUGAUGAUGGUUUCUUUUCACACAAUUGCAAGACAUGAGUGCCUUGAAGAACACUGGAGAACAUUGGCUCUUGCCCUCACCUUUCAUCAAUGGAGAUUAGCACUGAGGGCCGGAAAGGUUGGUUGACUUGCCCAGGGUCACACAGCUUAGUGGCAAAGAGAAGCCCAGAAUCCAGGCUCCUGAUGCUCAGCCCCGUGUCCCACAAGGCCCCGGAGGAGGAUUGUUCCCGUAGACAUUUCCACCAGGAAGCAAAUUUCCAAGCCUAGUCCUCCACUUGUCAGCAAUAUCAGCUAUUAAUUCAUCAUGGUUUGGAAAGAACACUGGAAUGGGAGUCUGGAAUGGGGCUUCUGUCCCAGCAAACCAGCUGUGUGACACUGGGGCAAUACUGUCCCUCUGGACUUUGGUUUUCCCACGUAUACAAUGAAGGAGCAGGUCAAGGAUUGAAGGAUCCUUGAAAUCAUAUAAAAGUCUGGGGUGUUGCCUGUCAAUUACAGUUGAUUUCAAUACAUUCAAGUGCCACUCAUCCUUUAAGAAAAGCAAGUGGACAGCAGAGUGGACUAGCCCAUCACAGGAUUAGGUUACAAUCUCACCGGCUCAGUUCGGGGUGGAACAAUGGAGGCCUGUUGCAAAUAGCAGAGUAUCAGUUGAAGACACUCAUCACUAACUGUGAAUUUUAGUGUCAGGAAUAACAAUAAAGCAUUUUGCAAGC